AUGCUGCUGAUUGUUGUCGAUAUCGCACAGAGCUCUCGGCGGUUUCACGGAGUUGCAAACAAAGGAGGCAUUUCGGUUCUUCCGUUCUCGGUACUGGAGAUUGGAGCAGAGGCUCGCUUGUGGCACUUCGCCACUGCGCAGCACCUCCUGCGUGAUAUGGUUGCCCCGCCGAUGAAGACUGCUGUCGCAGUGUUCACCCUCUUCUCAGGCAUUUCACUCGCCUGGCAAGCUCCGACCUCUCCUCGCAGCAGCACGAACUCCUUGGUAUCAAGGGCAUCCUCUUGCUGUAGGACCAGGAGUAGGUCCGCUGCCCCUUUCAUGCGCCGCCGCUGUGCAACGACUCAACAGAAUAUGGCGAUAAAGGCGGCCACGACUUCAGGCUUUGGCAUGAGUAUGAGGGGCGAUGCAGAGGGCCAUCGAGCUUUCGUCGAGAAGUUGCUGACGCUCACCGGGGACCCCCUCGAGGAGGAUGGGGGAAGGGUCGUCGUUUUUCGCGGGGACCCCUCGGCGUCCCUGAUGCUUAUCGGGGAAGCGCCGGGCGCCGAGGAAGACAGGCUCGGGGUGCCGUUCGUCGGUCGGUCAGGGCAGCUACUGGACGACAUGCUGAGGGCGGUCGGCUUUGAUCCCGAGCGGGAGGUCUACGUCAGCAACAUCGUGCGGCGGAGACCGAUCGACAACCGAACGCCUACCCCCGAGGAGAUGGACUUCUACCUGCCGUUUCUCCUAGAGGAGAUAGGGCUAGUCGACCCCCACGUCAUCGUACUGCUUGGCGCUAGCUCAACCAAGGCGCUCCUGCCGUACGAGACCCGGGGCAUCACCAGGGCCCGAGGGCAGUGGGCGGACCCUGUAGCUUUGGCCGAGAUACACGGCGGCAGGCUCGCCGACAUGCUGAUCAUGCCCUGGUUCCACCCCAGCUACCUCCUUCGCAACUCGGGGGAGCGCAGUCGGCAGGAGGGAGGCGUGCGAUGGCACGCGAGAAACGACCUAAGAGAAGUCCGCGACGUGGUUCGCGGCAUUCAGCAGGAAUGAUCCCUUCCGGUAUAUAUACAUAGGUAGGCCGGGGUAACGUCGGUGCGUAGCUGUCGUGUGCUCUGUUUCUGUUUUUUGGUUUUGCUGUGCUUUGGUGAUGGUGCCUCGGUGGCGUACCGGUGACAGCCCUGCGUGAGGUCGGCGACGACGUUGGUUGCGCCCGAGACGUGGGGUAGACAAGAUGCCCGGCCGAUAGGCAACUUGCGUGCUCAGCUACGUGUUCUGGAACUAGGCUCUGGUUGCUUGCGGUUAUAAACUGUUUGUCCGUUUAUUUUCGUUGUAUUGCCGACAUGGACGGCUUAAAUAUUGGCACUCUCAGACCAAUAGAAUAACUUACCAGACUCAUGGCUUGGGCUUCAAUAUCCUUUCCGCGUGAAGACCGCGUUGUCGUAGUGUUUCCCGUAAACAUUAUUAUCUCUUUUUGUUUAUAUUAUAGCCUAGGUCCUCCGGUGUUGUAGUGACGGAGGACCGCCGUACAACGACGAAGCGAAACGUUAUCGUGGCCGGCAUGGACACCUUUUGUACUUCCAGAUUUGGCCUUUGGCGAUAACCCACGAACGAAGGAAAUACUCGAAGCACGCUGCUGUUACUCACGACAAUACGAGCGGGUGGUGUUCACGGAGGAAAUUCAACAACACCGCAGCAGAGGGGUCGCCCGGUUCGCCCUGUUGGCUUCAUACGGCCGUGCGCCGAAGAAGUGAACGCAUGCAUCGUCAGCGUAAAUUGAUGCGGUUUGAUGGUAACAUGGCAAACCAGUUUGUAUCUGGCGGGCGAAUUGUUUUCCGAGUACAUGCCACUGUAUAUUGCCCUUUUUUCCCAGUGCAGUGACUCCUGCUCAAUGAAUGUGUGUGUGUCUAAAUCCUGUUUUGGACGUCUACGCACAGCGCAUUGUUUGGUGCGUCUUGGCAUGUUACUCGUCAACUCACUUGGCUGUAGACUGGAACGUGUGCCCACGUAUGCGUACGAGAACGUAAAUGUGUCGCAUUUGUCGAGUUAGCACGUUGUGUGUUUUUUGUUUAGCUUUUGGGAAUACAUACUGCCUCAGUUUUUACGAUCGGCUCAGUCUAUUAGACUACCUGUAGAAAAAAAGGAAUGCAUGCAUGGUAGUUUCGAGGAACCUUCCUUGGGUGGAGGUCGCGCUUGGUUGACGACGAAUGAUGAUUUGGACGCUUCGGGCGACGAAUGAUGAUUUGGACGCUUCGGGCGACGAAUGAUGAUUUGGACGCUUCGGGCGACGAAUGAUGAUUUGGACGCUUCGGGCGACGAAUGAUGAUUUGGACGCUUCGGGCGACGAAUGAUGAUUUGGACGCUUCGGGCGACGAAUGAUGAUUUGGACGCUUCGGGCGACGAAGGAUGAUUUGGACGCUUCGGGCGACGAAGGAUGAUUUGGACGCUUCGGGCAAGGAGCCCAAUAAGUGGAUGUAACGAUACGCUGGCUUCGUUGACUCCUAACCUGGGGACGGCUCCCUCCCCUCGCCUCAGCCUGCUUCGCUCAGUCCUUUUUUUUUUUCUUCUAAAUAUGACACAACGAAUCCAUCUCUAUCAUAGAAAAGAGUCUGAGACAGAUUAGCAAUGAAUUCAUAGCGAAAUUUUCGAGGUCAAAUUGUUUUCUGUUUUUUUUAGAAAAUAUCUUCGAAGCAGGAAGAAUAUAGACUACUGUUCUUUCGUCUAACGAGGAACGAUUUUUCUGCCAGGAAUCUGCACGUCUUGGUUUCACCCAGUGUUGUUGGGGAUGACUUCAUUCAGUAAUUGCCUGUACCAGCCUCAAGCACAGCUCGGAGAAGGGCUGGGACCGCGCUAGGCCCUGGCUUUUCGUUGUAGAAAAUUUUUUCCUGAUUGCUUCUUACAGCAGUACAUGAACACUAGACCCAAGUACAAUAUUGUCACGCCAGUAAGUAUGCCUAGUCUCUCGAUGCCAUAGUUGAUUGUUCAUGCCCAACGAUACUUGGGAAAGAUGCCCUUGACAUGUCUGCAAGAGAGGGUGUAGCUCUAGAGACUAUGGGCUUUUUGACCAUUUAGCCAAUGCAGUCAAGACGAGGAUGGAAUUAUUGGACAGUUUCUCCGAAGGAGGGUAGAUGAUGACGCCGGAAAUACUUGCGCUAGCGCAGCCGGCCCGCGUUCACAAUAUAUUUGCCCAUCAAAUCUAUAACCAAGAGACAGCGAAGUCGGCCAUCGUUGAAAUACGUGUGCACGCGUGCGUACGCAGAAAUGCGGUGACCUCGAAUGAGAUCUGCAAGGAGGCCUGGGCCUGUCUCCGUGUGUGUCGAGCGGUGAGAACCUGUCCGCUACCCGAAACGACCCGGAAGGUGCCCAUCAUGAAAAUACCACCUCGGGGGCGGAAGCGGCUAAAUAAAGAGACAGAGACGUUACACACGUUCUGAACCGUGACGAACUUAACCGUUACAUUUGGUUCUGGCGUGUGUUCUCAGGAACACUGACACAAACACUUCUUACUGAUAGCGUCGACCAAGUUAACCGGCAGACCAACGAAAACGUAGGUCUCAGUGCGGCGGCGAGCACGAAACGCUUGUGGCGUGUGGAUAUCACUCAAAUUGGAGAUGGAGUGUUGUCUCUCGGAGAACCAAAUGCUGUACGCAGAAUCAUACAGAAGCACGCCAAAUAAACAUGCACGCAACGACAAGACACAUUUCGACUAUGUGGGCUCACUGGCUGGCUGUUCCCCGUUGAUUUAACACGUUGCUGCGCAACCAACCCUCGCGAAAACCUGGCCGUACAACAGAAAACUCCGGAAACGACAUCCCCGUCUCCCCGUCAAAUAGUGAAAUAAUGGUACCAAACAAGGAGACCCUAUGCGCUGAUGCCGCCAAAAGUAUCACAGUUAUCGAGGUAUAUCUAGCUACUCUCCACAAAGACUUCACGACAGCCAUACGACACAGAAAAGCCACACGUACGUGUAAAUUCCUGAAAACGGGCAAGUCUCUGUCUCUCUCUCGCUCGCUCGCUCUCUGUGGCCAUUUCGAUCAACCAACCACACACACAUUAAUUAUUCGCUCAUCACAACCGGCGCACCAUCGAGACCCACACUAACUCGCCGAGAGGAUUGCGCCGACAGAAGCAUACAACCAGUCGACAAGAACAAAACGCGUGCACGACCACAAGUCAGAAGAGAGCUCUGCCGCUGCGAUCCAGGCAGAAUACUAGACCCUUUUUUGCUCCGGCGUACACGCACGCACAUUUUGCUCUCAGUCUACGCUUACGCAGCGCACGUCUACUGCUGCUGUUACAUUGUAAUAUGAAACUCGUGUCUAUCGAUCGAAUAUCCCCUAUAACCUACCAAUAAGGUAGUGCUGCCACAACGACAACGAAAAGAAGCGGCACACGAAAACGCUGAAGAACUCAAUAUGAAAACCAGGGUCGGAGGAGCCGGCCUAGCUUGCGACAAUCUUCAACAACAAGCACGUGAACCUCACAUCGCUCGCUUUUUCCUCUGGCAGCCUACAUUACCCCCGUCGCUCUCCAAACCAACUGGCAUCUAUCGUCUAAGGCCCAAUUCAAUUACUAUUACCUUUUAUCGCAACAAAACACAAGGUGACACACAAUCGCGCCUGCUCGAAAAACGCGUCCGCGUGCUCAUUGUUCAUUGCGAUUUAGAAAACACAAGCAGCAGCAACAACGACAACAACGACGACAAAUUAAUCCACAAAAAAAAACACAGCCUUUCUACCAACGCCUCUGACCUAGAGCGGCUCCCAUACGGCCGCUGCAGCUGGCGGCGGGAUCACUACUACUGUUUCCACACUGCGCAGCAGGAAACAGACAACCCAAACGUUGCAGAAACUCGACGCGUACAUGCACGCAUGUCCAGAGAAGACGUACCCGUACA